AUGGGAUUAGGGGUACUGCUGCAACUACUGUUGAUUAUAGAUCCUAACAAUUACACAGCGAAGGCCUCUGUAGCCACACACACUCAAGCUUUAGAUCAUCAAAACCCCGACACUUACACCAAGUACCAGUGA